AUGACUAACUCGACACUCGACUCGCCCCCGCAGCUCCCUGCCGCCGGCGCCUGGGGCUCUCUGUUCACCGUCCAAAAACCUGCAAAAUCCCCGAAUAUGUCCGCAGUGCCAUCGUCCUUUGUCAAGACGAAGCCGGCGUACGGUGUGAAGCGGAACCUGGCGAUGUGCACCGAGGCGCUCGGGUGCGAGACCGGCGGCAUAGACACAACGUCUUACGACGCCGACGAGGGCGCGGCGAGGAAGAGGCAUGCCAGGGAAGAAGCGGAGGAGGCGAAGGUGGAGCCGAUGGUGGAGCGGAAGGUGCGCGCGCUGCCACCGCCGCUGACGACUCUGGCGGCUGGCGCGAGCCGCACGCGCAUGGUCCAUGAGCGGCGCAACGGGCGGCUGGAGGUGUACGCGGUGCGGGCCUCCGGGAUGGAGGCUGAUCGCAGCGGCGGGCGCCUCCGCCUCCGCUUCCACCCCUGCGACGGCUGCAAUGCCGCCGUGUGCAGCAGCAGGCAAGAACCGCAAGAAGCAGAGGAGGACGAGGCAGAGGAGGUUGAUCAGCUGCCGGAGACGGAGUACGUGGUCGCAAGGUACGCGCGCCGCGGGCGGUGCCUCAAGGUGAAGAGUGGCGCGACGGCGUUCCGGGUGGCCAUCACCUGA